CGCUGUAUAGAUGAAGCGCUCUCCUGGCCGCAUUCGCAGCUUUUCCUCUCCAACCCGUGGGGAUUGUUAUAAAACAGAAGGACAAUACAAGAAAAGAGUAACGGAUAAUAGAGCCUCAAAAGGGACAUCAGGGAAUCUGUCCUCUAUUGGAUCUGAGCGGCUCUGUCCUCGUGCAUGAGGUAAUAUAUGAGAGAACUUCUAGUUUCACAGCGAUCUAAAUGAGACAGACAGACAGAGGAGGCAUGAUUCUGAGACGGAGUCCAAGUUUCGCGGUGCUGUCCAUUCAUGUACUUUUGCGGUGCCUGUGGAUGCGGGUAUGUGAGGCAUCGGGGCAUUUUGAGAUGCAGGUUUUGUCCAUGCAGAACUUGAACGGAGAGCUGCAGAGCGGCGCGUGCUGUGACGGUGCUCGCGACGACCCGGAUCGCUCGUGCACGGCGGACGAGUGCGACACGUUUUUCCGCCUGUGUUUGAAGGAGUAUCAGUUGCGGGUGUCAUCGGGAGGCCCGUGCAGCUACGGAAGCGGAUCUACUCCCGUUAUCGGUGGGAAUAGUUUUUCUGUCAAGCCCCUCGACACCCCGAACGACAAAUCCCGGAUCGUGCUGCCCUUCAGCUUCGCGUGGCCGAGGUCAUAUACGUUGAUUGUGGAGGCUUUGGACUUCAAUAAUGACUCGAGCACUGGCAGCGUUAAUGGACAAGUCAUAGAGAAAGCGGUCCAGUCAGGCAUGAUCAACCCAAACCGUCAGUGGCACGUCUUGAAACACAACGGCCUCGUGGCUCACUUCCAGUACCAGAUUCGGGUGACCUGCGACGAGCACUACUUCGGCUUCGGAUGCAAUAAGUUCUGUCGGCCCAGAGAUGACUUCUUCGGCCACUAUAACUGCGAUCACAAUGGCAACAAGACCUGCUUGGAGGGAUGGGCUGGCCCAGAAUGCAACACUGCCAUCUGUAAGCAGGGCUGUAGCACUGAGCAUGGCUCCUGUAAAGUGCCCGGAGAUUGCAGGUGUCUGUACGGCUGGCAGGGCGAGUACUGUGACCAGUGUAUCCCUCAUCCCGGCUGUGUGCACGGAUCAUGCAUCGAACCCUGGCAGUGCCUGUGUGACACCAACUGGGGAGGCCAGCUCUGUGACAAAGACUUGAACACCUGUGGCACACGCCAGCCCUGUCUGAAUGGCGGCACCUGUAGUAACACAGGACCAGACAAAUACGACUGCGCCUGUCCUGAUGGCUACUCGGGACAGAACUGUGAGAGAGCAGAUAACGCCUGUCUGUCUGAGCCGUGUCUGAACGGAGGCAGUUGUGUGGAGUCCAGUCAGGGCUUCGAGUGUCAGUGUGCACCGGGAUGGACCGGACCGUCCUGCAACAUCAAUGAAGACGACUGCAGUCCGAACCCGUGCAAUCACAGCGGUGUGUGUUUGGAUCUGGUGGACGGUUUUAAAUGCAUCUGUCCUGCGCAGUGGACCGGCAAGACCUGUCUCAUUGAUGCUAAUGAGUGCGAGGAGAGCCCGUGCGUCAAUGCCCACUCCUGCCGGAAUCUGAUUGGCGGAUACUUUUGCGAGUGCCUCUCUGGUUGGACGGGCCAGAAUUGCGACAUCAAUGUCAAUGAUUGCCAUGGACAGUGUCUUAACGGAGGACUGUGUAAGGAUCUGGUCAAUGGAUAUCGAUGUGUGUGCGAAGCAGGCUUUGCAGGUGAACACUGUGAGCGGGACGUGGACGAGUGCGCUAGUCGCCCCUGUCUCAACGGAGGACGCUGUCAGGACGCGCUCAACCGAUUCCAGUGUCUGUGUCCACCUGGUUUCUCAGGGGACACGUGUCAGCUGGACAUAGACUACUGUGAGAGCGGCCCGUGUCAGAACGGGGCACAGUGCUUUAGCCUGGCCUCAGAUUACUACUGCAAGUGUCCCGAAGACUACGAAGGCAAAAACUGCUCCCAGCUUAAAGACCACUGCCUCAUCACACCAUGUCAAGUGAUUGACAGCUGCACGGUUGCGGUGGCGUCUAACAGCACUCCGGGCGGCAUGCGGCUCAUCUCCUCUAACGUCUGUGGUCCUCACGGCCGCUGUCGAAGUCACGCCGGAGGACACUUCAGCUGCGAGUGUCAGGAGGGAUUCACCGGCACCUACUGCCACGAGAACAUCAACGACUGUGAAAGUAGUCCCUGUCGUAACAGCGGUACUUGCAUUGAUAAAAUCAACGCGUACCAGUGUAUCUGUGCUGAUGGGUGGGAGGGACACAACUGUGAGAGCAACAUUGACGACUGCAGCUUGAACCCCUGUCGGGAUCGAGGAGUGUGUCGGGAUCUGGUCAGUGACUUUUACUGCGAGUGUGAAAACGGCUGGAAGGGAAAGACCUGUCACUCACGCGAGAGCCAAUGCGACGAGGCUACUUGUAACAACGGGGGCACGUGUUCUGACGAAGGCGACUCAUUUAAGUGCACGUGUGCUCCUGGAUGGGGAGGAGCGACCUGUAACAUAGCAAAGAACAGCAGCUGCCUGCCGAACCCCUGCCAGAACGGAGCCACGUGUGUGGUGACCGGUGACGGCUUCACCUGCGUCUGCAAAGAAGGCUGGGAGGGGCUCACCUGCAGCCAGAAUUCCAAUGAUUGCAACCCACAACCAUGCUAUAACAGCGGGACGUGCGUGGACGGUGAUAACUGGUACCGCUGUGAGUGUGCCAGUGGAUUCGCAGGGCCGGACUGUCGCAUCAACGUCAAUGAGUGCCAGUCGUCUCCCUGUGGGUUCGGUUCCACGUGUGUCGAUGAAAUUAACGGCUACCGCUGCCUGUGUCCCCCCGGAAGAACCGGACCCAGAUGUCAGGAAGUCUCCGGACGUCCGUGUUUGGCCGGAGGUCGGAUUGCUGUAGAUGGAUCGAAGUGGGCAGAAGACUGUAACACCUGUUACUGUCACCGAGGGAUUGUCAGCUGUACCAAGCUGUGGUGUGGCCCUAAGCCUUGUCAUAUGCUUGGCUCGGGACGAGGCGACUGUCCUCUGGGUCAGCUGUGUGUGCCGGUGCGAGACGAGCAGUGUUUCGUGAAGCCCUGCUCCUCACAGGGCGAGUGCUGGUCUGCUCACCGGCCAGCCGUGAGGGCCCACUGUCACCCCGAGAGCGACUGCGCCAACAUCACCUUCACCUUCAACAAGGACACCAUGCCACAGGGAGUGACGGUGGAGCAGGUGUGUCGUGAGCUGAGGCUGUAUCUGUAUGUGACUAAGAAUGUCUCCAUCUCUAUGAGCUGUGAAAUCUCUUCUGUCACCAAUAAUGAGAUCCAUGUGGCCAUCCAUGCGACUGAGGAUGGCAUUCACGGCCGGGCUCCUGUUAAAGAGAUCACAGACAGCCUCAUUGAUCUGGUGAGCAAGCACAGCGUGAACAGCUCCAUCAUCGGCUCCAUCGCUGAGGUCCGUGUGCAGCGCAGACCAGCACUGAACUCCAACGUAGACUACUUGGUGCCACUGCUGGUGUCUAUAGUGACUGCGAUCUGGCUUUUGGCCCUGGCGUCUGUGUUCCUAUGGUGCGUGCGCCAUCGACGCAAACACAGCUCCAGCCCCAGCGCCAUCAACCCCACCACCCCCUACUCCACGGGGAACACAGAAGACAACACAGUGAACAACGCCCGCGAGCAGCUCAACCACAUCAAGAACCACAUCGAGAAGAACGCGUCCAACGCCAGCCUGCCAGGAAAAGAGCUCCACUGCGACGACAAGAACAGCGUCAACGCCAAAAUCAGGACGCAUUUGUCCGAAUCAGCCAGACUAGCGCAGGAGGACUCCAACAAGAGUCUGCAGAAGACAUGCUUUCCACGCCAGUCGACCUACAUGCUGGUGGACAGAGACGACAGGCUGAGCGCCAACACCACGGACCUAAGAGAUCCACGCUGGACUAAUAAACGAGACAACAGGGUCCUGGAGUCACAGCACAGAGAUCUGGACGCACAAUACCGCUUGCACAAACUGGAGUAUAUCGUAUAGCAGCCGAUGAUCGACAUGUUAGCAAUCAUUGCACAUGAUGUCACAAGAGGUCAAACGAAAGAAGACAUCUUUUGGACUCAGAACGCCUAUUGUUGGCUGUCACGACAAGGCCGGACAGUUUUUGUUCAGACCUUGCCGUCGGACCACGGGCUGGUCCGGUUUUUUUAUGGCGUUAGUAGGGCCUGAAGAUGUUAACCUGUGCUGAAGUUUUAGCCUAAAACACAGAACCAGAUUUAGAAUGGACUGUAAUUGGCCAAAAUCUGCUUAAUGUGGGAAUAUCACGAAAACAUGUCCAGGUCACAUUUCAUCCCAGAAUUCAUAGGCAUUGUUCACAUUGUGAUGUCUUUUUGAAUGACAAUUAAAGGGGUAUUUCACCCCAAAUAUUUUCAUUUAUUCACUAUCGAACUUGUUUGAGUUUAUCCUGACAAAAGAAGAUAUUCUGAAGUAACCAAACAUUUGACUAUAGCCAUUGACUUCCAUAGUAUAUAUAAAAGAAUUAUAUAUAUAAUAAUAUGAUAUAGAAGUCAAUGUCUACCUUCAAUUGUUUGAUUACUUCAGAAUAUCUUCUUUUGUGUUCAACAGAAGAAAGUAAGUUGAACAACUUGAGGGAGAGUAAAUUAUAACAAUUUUAAUUUUGGGGUGAACUGUCCCUUUAAGCACUCUAUACAUGCGAUCCGCAUAAAUUACAAAAAUUACUUUAAAUACCACAUAAUUAAAAUAGCUUGAAUUACAAUUAUUUUUUGUAUUGCAUAAAACAUUAUGCAAUUACAGUGGGGUGUGCUUAACCUUUAUAGUGCUAAACAGUAUAGUCCUAGAAAUUUUUAUUCGUUUCUUGUGACUUUAGGAUGAAAUUAUAUGUGGAGAUAUUUCGUGAGUUUCAUCCAAUUGCUGAACUGAAUUGCAAAUUAUGCAGAUUGUGUUACAUUUUUAUAAUGUAGAACUUAAUGCACCAGAAAUAGCUUGUGAAUCAACACUGCUGUGUCAUGUGUUCGAAGAUUGUAUUUAACUCCCAUUUAUUGGGUUUUUGACUGGAUUUUAUUUUCACAUUCUCUUUUUUUUUUUUUCGUCUACAGGCAGACAGGUCAUGCUUAGAAUUGACUGUCUGUAUGAAGAAAUUCACUGUCAGUUUGAUGUUGUAUAGAUGACUUUGUACAUAUUUUCUAAUUAAUCAUUUGUGUAUAUUUGAUUUAUUAACUUAAUCGAGAGCCUAUUGUUUGUUUUUAUUUAUAUACAUAGUUUAGGUUUGAGAACGUGACCGCUUGUGUCCAACCUUUGUAUUUUUGGAUGGAAAAUAUUGUCUUAUUUCUGAGAUGCCAAAAUAAUAGUUUAUUUUUUGAAUAAUAGGGUGUUUGUUUAAAUCCAGAAUACAGUGUGCAAUGUCUGUUUCAGAAAACCUGAGACGUAGGCUAGAUGGUUUUCCAUCUAGUUUUGAUAUAUACAUCCUUUUUUUGUUCAUAUGUUAAAAUCAUUCCUAAAGAUGUUUAGCAAAUAUUCUGCCAUAGCGGUGUUAAAAUGAUUUGGCAGCCCAGGAUAUCAAACAACGCUUGUCUAGAGCUUUCUGGUAAACCACAGUAUUCAGACGAACUUUAACCAAAACGUCUAAAGGGAAUAAACAGUAUUAGAAGUGCAAUGCUUGUACAGUAAUAUGAAAUAUGAAGAACACAGAACUGAAUGUGAUGUGCAAGACAAAUAUUCAAUCAAAAUCAUUUACAAUACACUUGGACUGUUGGGCUUUUUUAGGUCCAGUCUUACGUUUUUCAAUUCAUUAGUUAUUUUUUUCCUUGUGUUUGCCUAUGAAAUGUUCUAUGAAAAAAAAAAACAAGACCAUGAAAACACAUCCUGGGGUUUGUCAAAACAUUUAUUUAGAUUUUAGUUAAAUUUCAUUCAGCUGUUUACAUUUGGAGUUCUGAAAUCAAAUAAAAUUUCACUUGAAUGUUU